UCAUUCUGCAGCCGCUGACCGGAUCAGACGCGUCUCACCCUCCUCUGGCCUUCCCUCUAACCUGACUUUAUAACCAAACAGAAAUCAUCAUGGGUAACGUCCAGCCUACCAUCGUCCCUUACGAGCAGUUUGAUGUAACAGCCGAUAUCAAGGCACUGAGACAAGCCUGCAAAGGCUUAGGGACGGAUGAGGCAGCCAUCGUUGAGAUCCUGGCCAACCGCUCGGCUGCCCAGCGGACGGAGAUCAAACAGGCCUACUUUGAGAAGUAUGACGACGAGCUGGAGGAGGUUUUGCGUGGCGAGCUGACCGGGAGCUUUGAGAAGGCCAUCGUGGCCAUGCUGGACCCCCCUCACGUGUACGCCGCCAAGCAGCUACGGCAGGCGGUACAGGGGGUGGGGACGGACGAGGCUGUGCUGGUGGAGAUCCUGUGUACCGCCAGCAACCAGGAUAUCGUGAGUUACAAGGAGGCCUACGCCCAGCUGCAUGAGUGUGAGCUGGAGGCGGACAUCGAGGGGGACACCAGUGGGGAUGUGAGGAACCUGCUCAUCGCACUGCUGCAGGCGGGCAGGGAGGAGGGCUAUGAGGUGGACGAGGACCUGGCAGAACAAGACGCACAGUCUAUGUUUGAGGCGGGAGAGGGCCGGUUUGGCACCGACGAGUCCACCUUCACCAACGUCCUGGCCCAGAGGAACUACCUGCAGCUGCAGGCCACCUUCAAGGUGUACGAGAAGCUCUCAGGAACGGACAUCUUGGACACCAUAACGAGCGAGGCAACAGGCACCCUGCAGGACUGCUACGUCACCCUGGUGAGGUGUGCUAAGAACCCUCAGCUGUUCUUCGCGCGGCGCCUAAACGCAGCCAUGAAGGGCGCCGGGACGGACGAGGACACGCUGAUACGCAUCGUGGUUGGCCGCUCUGAGGUUGACCUGGAGACCAUCAAGGACAUGUACCUGGAGAAGUACGACGUCACGCUGAAGGACGCUCUGGACUCGGAGUGCGGCGGGGACUUCAAACGCCUGCUGAUGGAGAUCCUGCACUAGGCUAACGAGCUAACAUGCUAACUGUUCCGCCCUCCCCUGAACCGGACCUGAGAGGGGCUUUACGGCCCCACGGUUCUGCUUCGCUACGCUCUCAUUUUGUCUGAUUCGCCUCCUUCUCCCUUGUCUGUGCUAUCUACUGUCACUUGCUCUUUCCUUUUAUUUGCCCUUAUUGAUGGUCUGAUGCCCCUCAACUAAUCCUUCUCAAUACAUCUGGCUUCAUUUAUAGUCUGACCAUCUGUAUUUAUCCAGCACUAGUUUGGCCAUGAUACAGUCUAUAUAUUACACUAUAACACAUAAUAUAACAUGGCCCUUGCAUUAUUGUACAUUACACAGAACAAUUCCAAAGCUUAAACGCUUGAGUUUAUGCACCCUUUAUAACUGGGCUGGUAGUAUACUCCAGUUCUGUGUAUCGGUGCUUGUAUGAAUCAGUAUUACUGACAUGUAAAGGGAUAAUGCGCGAUAUAAGACGCAGUCCAGUCGUUGUAUUGUGGCAUAUAACGUAGCCAAAUGAUGCUUCUGAAGGCCUGAUGCGUCUCAGGAAUAAAAGAAAAGAGAAUAGCUCUUGUCUAUCAUAAGUUCAUAUAUUGCAGCAUAUCUUGCAGGGCAACAGCUGGGUGUUGUGCCUGACCCAGGCCACUCCUUGGCCACCAGACCAGUGAGGACACGCCCCUAUGUGUUCAGACCGCUUGUGUCUUCAUCCAUCCCUCGCAAUGCGCCUUUCAAAUCCACGGGAACAAUCACAGCCUUAAUGCAGACCGCAGAUACUGUUGAAUGUAGUCGUCUAGUAUGGUCCCUUUUUAACAGCCACCUUCUACUGUUUAUACGCCUUAACCCGCCAUCGUAGUAGUCACCACACUGAGGCCGUGUCGCGAUACAACAGUAGCAGCGCACGUUAUCCUUUGGAUGCGAGCAUCACUCAGGUGCCCAAUGACUCUGAAAUCACACUCCACUGAUUUAUACACCAUAUCCCGUGUGGGAUUUUUAACUUAAUUUGGGAGUGUGACAUCUAUUAACAAGUCGCAGUUUCUAGUCCCAGCCAUACAACUGCCUUUUUACAUAUUUACCGUGGCUGGUCUGCAUCUUUUAAUGCUUUAUUUACAAACAAAGAAAAACUCUUUAUUACUUCUACUAACUUUUACUUCUACUUGUAGUUGACGGCCCUGUCUAACCGGAUCUAUGUGUUGUCAUAUUUCAUUCUUACUAAGAUUCUGAGAAGUUAAGAGUACAUGGCAAUUUACUGACUGAAGUCUAGAAUACCCUCACAGAUUUUGGCUAUUAACUAUUUAUUCAUUAAAUUAUAUAUUGGUGGUGCACUAAAAUGCGUAUUGAAUAUGUAUUAAGGACUAAAUAUUCUAAACGUGAAAUACAUAAAUGCUAUUAAUAAAUUAUAACUUGA